ACCACCAGUGUAUUCACCCACCCACUGUGCCAUCCACCAACCUGUCUCCCACCUACCAGCACCCCCACCCACCUAACCACCAGUGUAUCCAUUUCCCCCUCUCCCUCCUCCCCAGUUCCUGGCCCGGCUCAUGGCUCUCCCUCCUUGCAGACCAACAUGAUCCCUGGCUCCCCCGGAAGCACCGAGCUGGAUGGCGGCUUCAACCGGCUACGGUGCCGCAAACUGUCCUUCCGCCGGCGCACGGACAAGGACCCAGAGAAUUCCGGGGAGCUGAGGAGCAGCCAGAAGCCGCUGAUGACAGGUCGGAACCACCAGGCGCCGGGGGUCCUGGGGGAUCAGCCCAACUGGGAGCCCUCCAGCUCACCCUCCAGCAAUGAGGGCGAGCGCCCCACGCCCAUCACUAGUGCCGGCCAGCUGUCACCCCUCCGCACCAACGGGGAGCUACUGAUCCAGGGCGAUGGGCAGCCCGGUGGCAGCGAGACGUGCAGCCCCCUCUCAG